AGCCUUCACAAGCAACAUGACGUAAAGGCAUCUGUACGUAAACAUUGGAUUGAGAACUCUGCUGCUAUCGGGAAAAUCUAUUUUUAUAGUCGGUGGUUGUAAAAGUAGAUUACAGCACUUUACACGGGGCUUUACACCUCGUGAAUGCGAGCCGCGUUGAUUGGAUGAUAGACUGGUUUAAUUAGACAGCAGUGACGCGAUCUUGAUGGCUUUGAUAUGAUAUAAGCGGAGACAGUCAGUCGAGAUAACUUGUUGGAGUUUACGCUCAUUCUCAAUUGUACACCGGGCUGGUAACACUUCGAACAUGGCGUCCGAUAAUCGCGCUACAAGAUCGCCUUCAACGGCUCCAAGUAAGAGCUCUUUUUCAAUAGACAACAUUCUAAACAUUCAAAACAGCGGAACACAGGAGGCUAGAAAAUUUGACAUUUUUCCACAAGGUUUUAGCAACGUUCCACCACUAGCCGCAGUCCCAUCGCUGUUGCCUACAGCCCUAAGGCCAUCACUAAUGGACUUCAGCAUAACGCAAAUGCUUCCACCUUUGCCUUUUCAAAACCCAUUGAAUCUUGAGGAUUUCCAUAUGGCUGCCGCACACCCGUUCCCAACCUUCCCAUUCAACUUAAGCUACCCUAGACAAGGGAUCCCAAUGUCUAUGAAUCCCUUUUUGAAACGCCGCAAACGCUUCAUGAGAAAACCUAAACAGAGACCCCUGUUUGCUCAUAGCCAGAUUGAACGUCUUGAGAAGGAGUUCGGCAAAGAGAAAUAUCUAACAGAAGCAAAACGUGGCGAGCUUUCCAAAGACUUGGGAAUGACUGAAACACAGGUUAAAACUUGGUACCAAAACAGGCGAACGAAAUGGCGCAAGGAAAUCAAGGAAAAAAUGAAUCCCGAAGGAAGGAACGAAGAAAAUCGCCAGAAGGAAGAAAGAGGCAGCCAUGUUUGGGAAGAUUCCAUGUUGAACGGCUACGAAUGCAUGCCACACAGUUUAAAUACAUCAGGUUCGUUUUCUUCCAAGCUUCAAGAAAUGCGUACAUUUGUUGACUUGGAAACUAUAAAACCACGAUUUACCUUCAGUUAAACGAGUUGUGUGUGUCAUGCUUGUUCAAGGAAGCCAUGUUGCAUUGAACUUCGCUAAGCUUUCAGCGAAAGAAACAAGUCAAUCAACAAGGAAAUCCAAUUACUACAAGACGAUUUUCACUCGCUGUUUUUAUACAAGUUUAUUGUCUGGUUUUCUCGAAACGAAGAGUUCUUUUUUGAACACAGAAAAAGUACAAACCAACUAAACAUUUCAGGUUUUUAAAUCAACUUUGAACAGUAUUUCUAUCAUAGUAUUUUUGAAAUGUGUUAUUCUACCAAAACUGUCCAGCUAUCUCUAGGAACACUAUUUAAUGUCUAAAAUAGUUUUCUAUCUUUUUCUAUUCGAAAACGAACGAAAUUACGAGUUCCAAAGGUGAAUAUGUGUCACGUUUAUUGUGUUCUAAACAGGAGGUCAACUAAUUACAAUAGCUCCAUUUUACACCGAUUAGAUCUGAUUCCGGGACCAACUAAAAAACAUCGAAUUUACGACUAUAAAAGAACUUUUAAAAAUCACUACAGAAAAAUACUCUAACUCAAAUGAAUCUAUUUUGUCAUAUGGUAUGAAAUCUUCAACUAACUCACGAUUUUGAUCUUGACGUAAAUUGUUGAAGAAGGUAUUUCUUACUUACACGAAGACUUACUAAUAAGCGAAAAAAUGUACUUCUUAAACGAUUCUAAACAAGUACGAAUGUCUAUGAUUCUGAAUGUCAUAUUUUCUUUCUUUCUUAAAAUGUUUUAGCGACCACACACACUCAUCUGUCGUUUGCACUGACCUCAUCUUUCUUCUAAAUUCUUGUCAACAUACAUGGAUUCCUUCCAUUUAAACAGGGUCAGGUAUCUUAGAUGUGUUAUAAAAAAUUGUUCCUCGUUUAUAGAAAUAUUUUUAGAGCUUUCAUAGUCUUACCCCAAUGUCUUUCAGAUUUAUAUAGAGAUAUAUAGCUAACAUAUAAGUUGUUUUUACAUGUUUUCUUUAUACUUUUAUCAUAUGUAGAACUCUUACUUCAUAUAAAUAUAUAUAUACAAUCAAGUUACAUGCAAAAAAAAAUUAAAAAUUAUACUAUUUUCGAAUCUACGGUAGCACUUUAAUAUAUAUAUUACAGAUAAAUAUAUAUACUCUGUGUAUUAAUCUAUAUAUAUACUCUGAGAGAGAAGUCUUGCAAUGCUGCUCUCAAAACGUGUAUCUUAAAAAAAGUUAUGAUGAAUCUAUUUUCGAUUCUUACCUCAUAGUGACAAAUAUACGAAUAUAUAUGUUGUUAUUAUUCAAUAGAAUUCAAUGAACUUGGAAUUUUCCAAAGCUAUUUACACCAGUAAACAUUGGUUUCAGUUAUGACUUAUAUCAUUUGGUAUAUAUACAUGCUACUAUACUUUAAUUGAUAUUUAGUUCCAAGGUGUUAUAAUGAAUGAUAUUUAUCUCCAAUACUUCCAGUACAAUGCUUAAUAAAGAAACGCUAUUUUAAAUCAAUUUUUUUUAAAAUAUUAAAACAUUGAUAUGCCUACCUUUUAUAAUAA